CUCAGGUCGAGCGGGCGGGGGAAGGGGCCGAGGGACGUGAGGCCGUUCUGAUCGGAGGAGCUGCGGCAGCGCCGGUACACGUUCACGGGCGGCCAGGAUGGAUCACCACCAGCCCGUCAGUCGCUACCAAGUGCUUCACAAUGAGGAUGAUCCCCCAGAGUCUUCAACAGAUGAGCAGCCUUCCACAUCUACAGAGACUACACAGACUCCCCAGACAGCAGCCUUAUCUGAAGCAGAUACGUCUCCUCCACCGUACUGUAGCAUAGCUGUAGAAGCAGCUGCACCCUCAGAAACACACAAUGAAUUUUACCCUGUACCACCUCCAUACAGUGUAGCUACCUCUCUUCCUACUUAUGAUGAAGCAGAGAAAGCCAAAGCUGCAGCAAUGGCAGCUGCUGCAGCAGAAGUUGCCCAGCGACACGCCCAGUUUAGGGAGUCUAGGAGUCUGUUUGAUGAAAUAUUCCUCAGUCGUCCAGAGGAAGAAGAGUAUCCACCACGGGAUGAUUUCAGUGAUGCAGAUCAGCUUAGAGUGGGCAAUGAUGGCAUCUUCAUGUUGGCAUUUUUCAUGGCGUUUAUUUUCAACUGGAUUGGAUUUUGUUUAUCCUUCUGUAUAACAAAUACCAUAGCUGGAAGGUAUGGUGCAAUCUGUGGAUUUGGUCUGUCUCUGAUCAAAUGGAUUCUCAUUGUACGGUUUUCAGAUUACUUCACUGGAUAUUUCAAUGGACAGUACUGGCUUUGGUGGAUAUUUCUUGUACUGGGACUCCUCCUCUUCUUUCGAGGAUUUGUUAAUUAUCUUAAAGUCAGAAAUAUGUCUGAAAGCAUGGCAGCUGCUCACAGAACAAGAUUUUUUUUCUUGUACUGAAGACUGCUUCGAACAGACAUUCCUUUCCUGUACCAGUGUGAAACUUCCAGAUGAUCUGUAACCCUUCGAGUUAGUAGACGUCUACUAAAACCAGAAGACAAAUUAGUGAAGAUACGGCUUCAAAAACGAGUGACAGUAUGGUUUAUGCUCAAAUAUCAGUUCUGGUCAUUCUAGAAAUAUUUAUAAUUGCUGCCUUUUGUUUUGGCACACUUGUUUAUGUGCUUAUUAAAAAGAUAAUGUUGAAGUAAGAACAAACCAUCUUUUUAGUAUACCAUAGGUACAGUCAGACUCAGAUAGUCUGUGCUUGUAUCUGAAAGAGUUAAGUGGUAACUCGUUUCACAGCAUGUACGUACCACUGACUUGUUGAUCUGAACUUUGAGUACAAUUAAAUGCAUUAAAUGAUUCAGAUUAACCGGUUCAGACAGGUUUUUUUAUAAUUUAGAUUCAUCUAAUGAUUAUGUAGAACAUUUUUAAGUUUACUAAACCCCAAAGUUCCUUGUUGUCGCAAACUUGCAUUCACCAAUACUUUAUCAAAUUCAAACCAGUACAUUGGUUUGCUUAAAAUGGAUUCUUCACUUCGAGUCCCCUGUAAAUAACUCUGCAUAAAUGACUGUUUGAAAUGCUUCUUAGGAAAAUAUGUCAAAAUAUAUUUUGUAACAGCAUAUUCUCUCAAUUUUGUUUGAUCUUAGAGCUACAUAUGUAUUUUUUGUUAAUUGGCUAUUAAGGGUAUAGUUACUGUUAGAUGUAAUUUUGGAGGUAAAGGCAUUGGAUUGUUGGUCUAAUCCUAACUUUCCUCAUGUGAAGUAUUGUUAACUGGUUUAGGCUUGAGCCUCAAAGUUGUUACUCAUAUACAUGAUCCCAUUAAAACAUGGAGUUUGAUGUUAGCAGGGAUGGACAGCCUUACAUCUUUAGUCCUUGGUCAUACAGUUGGAUCCUCAUAGAUGCACCUCUGUUCUUGAAAACAGAGUAUUGCAAUUCUCUUCUCUGGCUCUGUGUAAGAAGUCUGGAGUUCAAUACAAAUACAACAUCCACUUGGAAGACUUCUCAAAAAACAGAAAUUCAUGCAGCUAUCUUACAAUGCUUGUUUAGAAUAAAUACUUUGCCGUUUCCUAAGAAUAAACUAAUGUAAAUGUAAGGUAAUUCUGGAAAUAAUCACUGAAAGAAAAAAAACGAAUCUUUCUUUCAAAGCUCUGAAAGUAGAAAAUGUGUGUUGCACCUCUCCUAGUAUUCAUUUAAGGUAUACUAUUACUUUCUUAUAAAUAUCAUCUCUUUAAGGAGUACUGUCUACUGUUCAUGCCUGUGUGGUUUCCUUUAAAGUCUGUGAAAUGUAUUUCCCCUCCUUAAUUAGGAGAAUACAUCUCUCGGUCCUUUGUACAACUGGAAUCUCAGUUGCAAAAAUACAUUGAUUGUUGAUUGCACCUUUAAGGAAAGAAAACACAAAUACUUUCCUCCAGUUUUUCUUUUAUAUUUUAGAAUUCUGCCUCUUUAUUACUAACAUUAAAAACAAUGAGGUUUAUGUUGUUUUAAGCUAGUGCUGUGUUCCGUUUUGUAUCUAUAAUGAAUGUUUAAAAUAUACAUGUGUAGACUGGUCACAUUAUUCAUUUUCUUAAUCUUUCAGAGAUACUAAAAGUGAUUAAAGCUUUAGGGGCACCUCCACUUCUCACCUUUUUAUGGAAAGAAUAAAAUCAAGUAUUAUGUUCAA